AUGGCUCAAGCAUCAUCGUUCAAAUCAUCUGUUCGCUAUCAAGUGUGCAAUUCAACUACUGACAAUGAUACAACGCAUAUUUCAACAAAGCUAUAUGACCAAGGUCAUUCAGCAACCACUGACGACGACCUAUGUGAAAUUACCGUAUCUCCAUCCAAAGAUAAAAGCUUGUCUUUGUCAUUCUCUUCGCCAAAUCACCAUCAACACUCAACGGUAUCAACGCAUUUUACUCCAUUAGUAUCAAAUAAUUCUCACAAUCGUUCUUCAAUCGAAUCCAAUCCUACAAAAAUACUAAAUCAAUCCCCAUCAUUGUCGUCUUCUUCUUCGUCUCCACCACCAAAAUAUCCACUUGGCAGUUCAAAAUCCAUUCAAUCUAUUUCCAACCCAACCAAUGCAACAUCUCAACAACCACAGUCGCAUCAUUCUUCGAUAGCUUCGUCAGUUCGCGAUAGUAUCAAUCCAUCGAAUACUCGGCAACCUAAUAACGACAUCCAAGCAGACAAAAUAGUCACACCACCUGUCUCGCAACAGCGUAUAUCAGCCGAAAAUGUCAAUCUCUUCGCCUCGUACCAAGGAGAUUAUAUUCGUCAAUCUCGACAGUUGCGCAAAGCACGUCGACAAGACAUAAAAGCUCGUUUUGAAAAAUUCGAUUUCAAUUCUCCGACCAGUCGACGUUCGCAUUCAUCUCGUCGCUUUACGUUUAUUUUUGAUCCAAGUGGUCGUUUAACAUACUGGUGGACAUCAAUCAUAAGUUUGGCAUUUCUCUACAAUUUCUGGAUAAUCAUUUUCCGCUUUUCCUUUCAUGAAUUGACUCGUGAGAAUCUCCUGAUUUGGUUUAUCUUUGAUUAUUCAUGUGAUUUUCUCUAUCUAAUGGAUAUUAUGUUCAAUUUUCGUACAGCUUAUCUCGAAGAAGGAGUAUUACAAACCGAUCCAAUAAAACUACGUCACUAUUAUAUGAAUACAACUCGAUUUUAUAUAGAUUGCCUUUGUUUAAUGCCAUUAGAUUUUCUUUAUUUAUCCAUUGGUUUCAAGUCGAUUGUUCGAAUAUUUCGUUUAGUGAAAAUUUAUCGUUUUUGGACAUUUCUCGACCGAACUGAACGACAUACGAACUAUCCAAAUCUCUUUCGUACUAUUGUUAUGAUACACUAUUUACUUGCAAUAUUUCAUUGGAAUGCAUGUUUGAUUUAUAUUUUACAUACACGAUCUGAAUUAGGAUUUUCCAAACGUUUUUCGUUCUCAUUUAGUGAUAGUGGGUUAGAUUAUUUCAAAGCUUUAUAUUGGUCGAUCUCGGCAUUGACACUAGCGCAGAAUUAUGAAACCAAACCAGUAUCGAAAGAAGACUAUAUCUUUCUAAGUAUUGAACUGAUAUUCGCUCUGUUACUGUUCGCGACUAUUAUGGGACACGUCGCGUCGAUUGUAUCUAAUCUCAGUAAUGCCAGAAAAGAUUUUCAAGCGAAAUUGGAUGCAGUGAAAACGUAUAUGUCUCUUCGACGUGUACCGAGUAAUUUGGAAGAUCGGGUUAUUCGAUGGUUUGAUUAUUUAUGGAUGAGUCAUAAAUCUGUUGAUGAUAAUCAAGUUCUUUCACUGUUACCGUAUAAACUUCGUGCUGAGAUUGCCAUACAUGUUCAUCUGGAUACAUUGAAACGAGUCGAAAUUUUUCAAAAUACUGAAGCUGGAUUUUUAAAUGAAUUGGUUUUACGUUUGAAACCUGUACUUUUCUCUCCGGGCGAUUUUAUCUGUCGGAAAGGUGAAGUCGGAAAGGAAAUGUAUAUCGUCAAUCGAGGCAAAUUACAUGUCAUGGCAGACAACAAUAAAACAGUCUUAGCAACAUUGAAAGCUGGAUCGUAUUUCGGAGAAAUUAGUAUUUUGAAUAUGGGAAGUGGAAACCGUCGAACAGCAUCAGUACGAUCAGUUGGCUAUUCGGAUUUAUUUUGUCUUUCGAAGGAAGAUUUGUGGGAAGUUUUGAAAGAAUAUCCAGCUGUUCGAGUGAAAUUAGAAGCAAUCGCUGUCAAACGUUUAGAGAAACAUAAAAAACCGCUGAUUCAGCAAAUUAAUCUGAAACGAAGUAAAAGUGCACCAGGUCUCGUCGAAGCAAGCUGCCGUCUUCCAUUUCACGCUCCUAUCCGUCGAACAGGUAGUGGUGUUCGUCAUUUAUCGACUAUUGAAGAAGCAGAAAUUCCUGUUGAUACCCCUACAACACUUCCAAUCUACUCUUUUGAGCCGCAACAAAAUCAACCACAACAUCAACCUCUUUCUUUGUCAUCAAAUUCUUUGUUAACCGCAGCUCCACUUGCAUCAUCGAUCAGUGUGACAUCAUCAUUGAAUUCCACUCGACAACCAACCAUCAAUCACUCGGUGUCAUGGUCGACAACAACCGAUACGAAAUCGCCCGUCGGUUUGCCACGUGUCGGUCGAACAUAUUCCUUGAUUCACAGUGAUACACGAAGCCGAAAGAAUUCAAUUAUAUCCAAUGAAAUUGAAUAUUUAAGAAAACGUUUAGGUGAACUGGAAAAACAAGAUUUAUCUCUGAAUUCGAUGUACAAAGAUGAAUAUCUCGAAACCAAAGCUCGUUUGAAAACUCUUGAAGAAAAACAAUUCAUUGGCAAGUAG